AUGAAUCACUCCAUUACUGAAUCAACCUCCACAAAAAGUAACAACAAUAUUGUAAAUAGUGGUGAAAAUAAUAAUAAUAAUAAUAAUAAUAAUAAUAAUAAUAAUAAUAAUAAUAAUAAUAAUAAUAAUAAUAAUAAUAAUAAUAUUUCAACAACUCAAUCAACAAUAAUAAAUAAUAAUAUAACAAUGUCAUCAAAUAAUAGCUAUAAUAAUCCAAAUACAAUUAAUGGUGGAUCAUUAUCACCACCAUCAACAAUUCAUAGUUUUAGUUUAUUAAAUGAUAUAUACUUUCAAAAUACAAAUGAUGUUAAUGAAUUAAUUAAUAAAAGUCAACAUGGAUUUAGUAUAAGUGCAGGUAGUAUUGCAAAUAUUAAUAGUGGUACAAGUAGUCAUAUUCAUAGUAUAAAUGGUAGUAAUAAAUCUUAUGGUGGUGGUGGUAAUGGUGGUAUAAGUAAUAACAAUAAUAACAAUAAUGGUGGUCAAAUGAUGGCAAAUGGUAGUAUGGGUAAUUUAUUAUUUAUGGAUGAAUGUGGAUCACCAAAUUAUGAUGUUGAUUUAAUAGUUCAAACUACAAAACAAGAGGAUUCAAGAUUUAUGGGUAAAAAAAAGAGAAGAAAUAGUAGUGUUAGUAAGGUGUUUUUAGGGGAUUUCCUUAGACUAUCAUCAAAUGUUUCCAUAUUGAAAAUGAUUUCAAAAUAUGGCGAUAAUACAAUCCAUUUCUCUGAUGUAUUAAUUAAAAUUAAUAAAAGAAAUAAAACUCAAGAAAGAAUAAUCAUUGUAACUGAUAAAUCAAUUUACAAUGUCGAUCCAAAUGAUUAUAAAUUAAAACGUAGAAUUUCAUUAGAGAAUGUAACUUCAUUAUCAAUGAGUACAAUGGAAGAUAAUUUCAUAGUAAUUCAUGUAAACUCUGAAUAUGACUAUGUUUUAGUUGGUGGUAGAAAAAUUGAAAUUGCAACAGUACUCUUAGAAGCCUAUCAUCGUUUAACUUUUUAUCAAAUUACACCAUAUAAUUUACAAUUACCAUUAAAUGAAAAUACUUUAAAAAAUUCAAAUAAUUCAAUUACAAAUAAUAUUUCAAUACCAAAUAAUAAUAAUAAUAAUAAUAAUAAUUUAGAAAAUAAUAAUAAUAAUAAUAAUAAUAAUAAUAAUAAUAAUAAUAAUAAUAAUAAUAAUAAUAAUAAUAAUAAUAAUAAUAAUAAUAAUAAUAAUAAUAAUAAUAAUAAUAAUAAUAAUAAUAAUAAUAAUAAUAAUAAUAGUAUAAGUUCAAGUCCACCAAUGAAUGGAACAUCACCAUCAUCAUUAGUGGUACCACCAGCGACUUCACCUUCAUCAAAAUCUUCACCACCUUUAAAUGGUUUAUUAAAAUCAGUUGGUAUUGGAGGUAGUAAUAAUAAUAAUAGUAAUAAUAAUAAUAGUAAUAAUAAUAAUAAUAAUAAUAGUAAUAGUUUUGGAAAUAAAGUUGAAAAUAGUAUAAGUGAUAAACCAAAUAAUAAUACUAAUAAUAAUAGUAAUAAUAAUAAUAAUAUUGGUAUUUUAACAAAUAAUAGUAAUGUUAGUGUAAUACAUAGGAUAACAGGGUCAGUUUUACCAAUUAAUUUUACAGAUAGAAUUGAAUAUAGAAUUGAAGGUGAUUCAGUACGUGAAAUUGUAUUUACACGUGCUAAAGGUACUGUAAAUGUUCAAAUGCAAAAUGUAAAAUCAAAACCAUUAUUAAAAAGAGAAUUAUCAAGAUCUUCAAAUUUACCAGUUUCAAUGAAAUAA